GCUGACGCAGAUCUACCUACCACGACAGCCCCUGCUCUGGACAGCGAGUCGAGCCGCGAUGCUUUGCGGCGUGCUUGGCUGCGAGAUCUGGACGCGGCGCUGCAGCACAUUGGCAGUCAGGACACCGGCAACGUAGGCUUCUUGGGCUCGAGCACACAACCGCCGCUUUUAUCAACAUCGCGCAAUACAGAGCUUUCAUCUGCGCUACGAGCUCUCCCCAGCGCUCCCCGUGGCCCCAGACCGCUUCAAUCGCAAUCCCUUACUGCCGCCGAUUCCACCCAAACCGACCUGCCAGAUCCCUUCGCCGACGACGGCCCUGCAUUUCCCUUGCGCCGACCCCGCGAUCCGCUACCCACACCGAGCUACCAGCCAUCCGGAUCUCAGGGCCAGGGGCCGCCCAAAUUUCGAUUACGAGUUCCAGCGAAGUCGGGCGAGGGCAAGCACAAGGCGAAGUCCAUCAGACUUGGUCGGCAGAAGUCGUCGGCAGCCCCCCAAGGCCUAGAUCGCCUCCACGUCCUCUCUGAUCGCCAAAGCCGCGACGACAUCUCGCCUGAGCCACUUGAUUCGGACGGGCCUCUCCCGCCACCUCGCGGCUCCUGGCCUAUUCGCUCCUUGCCGUCGCCGUCGCCUCUCCGCGACGAGGGGCGCAAGACCGACCCCCGCCCUCCUGCGCGGCUUACACUUCAGGACUACGACACUGCAGUCACCAUGAACGGCAUUAACGGUGGGGGCAUGGGUGCCGGCAUGGUAGGCCCUACACCGGCCGGACACCAGACGGAACUUAACUACAUCUACGCCAUGGUCGACGACCUCAGUAGGCAGCUGGCAGACAACAGGAGAGUCCUCGAGGAGGUCGUCUCGCUGGUCGGCAAGAUCCGAUCCAAGGCUCGGGCGGCGAAUGUGUCCAACGAGGAGAUUAUAACAAAUGCUGAGGACCUGAAUCCGGAGAACCUCGACGUGCUAGUAUCAGCCCUGUCAGAGGCACUAGAUCGUGCGACGCACGAGAGGGACACCAACAUGGCGCUCCUGCAGCAGUACGCGGCAGUGCUCGGCACCAUGGUGCGGCAGGCGCACGAGUACAAGGCGCGCAACGUGUCGGACGUCUCGUCGUGGCACCGGUCGUACCGCGAGCAGCUGGCCGAGGCGCGCGAGGAGAACUCGCGGCUGCGCGAGCAGGUCUGGGACAUGCAGGAGCGCGGCGGCCGCCUCAACGAGCUCGCGCGCCGCUUCCGCGCCCGCUACGACGCCGAGCCCUCGCGCUACGAGUCCCGCGUCGAGCACGCCGCCCUGCGCCAGGAGGUGCGCUUCUGGAAGCGCAUGGCCAUGCCCGAGGUCCCGGACGACGACCCCUGCUGGAGCGACGACGACGACCUCAUCGACCCGGCCGAGACCAGGCGCCUGGCCGAGGUCGAGCGCGCCGCCGCGGCGCUCGCCGCCGAACAGCAGCUCAAGAUGCAGCUCGAGGAGGAGCAGGCGGCCAUGGAUCAGGAGACCCAGCAGCAGCAGCAGCAGGAGUUUCAGGAUUACCAGGAGCAGCAACAGCAACAGCAGCAGCAGCAGCAGCAGCAGCAGCAGCAGCAAGACGAAUUGGGCUCGAACGCCGUCUCGGCUCAAGGGCCCGGUGAUGGCUCGGCAGUUAAUGGACAGCCACCGAAUCAGCAACCACCAGAUGUCAAGGGCCAACAACCACAGGCCGGAGUUGGGUUCUCGAUGGGGGGAGUUGCCAUGCAAAGGGAUGAUCCCAAUCUUUAGUCGUGGUCUUUGUCUCUUUUUUUUUUACUUCAUGCCCCAUCUGUCUUGACAUCAAGUAUCGCUUUCUAGUACUUGCUCAAGGUGAUCACCCUUGUUUUUUUUGUUUUUUUGUUUUUUUACGCAAAGAGCGCACUGAAUCGGACCUAGCGUGUUUUGGACCCUUGUGGCGUUUUUACUGCAAAGCAAUGUUAAAUAAAAACUGAUGUACUAGAUUCUCCCGUUGACACAACCCUGUUUAACCAACCAACCAACCACCCCUCCGCCAAACGCCGUGUUAGGACAACAAAAAGGAGACAAAGAAGAACAUCAGCUAUUACUGAUGUUUUCUCAAAUACAAAUGCUAUUGGGACCCUAGGGAAUUCAAGCCGGGUUCUUCUCCUCACUCCUCUUGCCAGGACCGCUCAGGUAGUUCGGUCUCGGCAAGA